AUGGUGACUCUCGUUAUUUGGCUUCAACAGACCUGGAGUGACUACAAAUUACGCUGGGAUCCAGAAGAGUACGGUAAUUUAACGGAGAUCAGACUGCCCGAUGAUGCUCUGUGGAAGCCGGAUAUCUACUUGUUUAAUAGGUAUAAUUUCUUCAAAAUAGUCUGAAGAAACGACGUAUUUUACCCAAUCUUUAGUGCUGAUGAGAACUUUGAUGGCCGUUUUGCCGUCAACUUUGUUGUCCGCUACACCGGCGAUGUUCUGCAAGCGCCCCCGGCUAUUAUAAAGAGCUCUUGUGAGAUUGAUAUUACAUGGUAAGAAUAAAAGGCAUAAGAAAAAAAUAAUUUUGUGAUUUAGGUUCCCAUUCGAUGAGCAGUUCUGUUUUUUAAAGGUAUGUUUCUGGUAUGGAUUUUUUUAGACGAAAUGUCACAAAAUUUAUUGGAAAUUUGAAAAUGUAAAUAUUUGUUACCAAGAAUUUUUUUGUGUGGAUUGUGGAAGCUAAAUCUACUCUAAUUUUAAAUAUUUUCCCGGGUAUUUGACUAGUCUGGCAGGUCAGAUGAUUGGGCAGGGCCAACUUAAAAAAAUACUAAUUAAAGUUUUGGAUGCCAGACUUUACGACGGUGGCCCACCUGCCUUGUCAAGUUGGUCGAAUUUUUGGCAAUUAGAACGAUCAGAUUUUAUUAAUUUCUAAUCUGACUGGCGCCCAGUAAUAUUAAUAAUAAUUUUUUAUCAUCUUGCCUUGUAAAAUUGGACACUUGCCAACUUGGGCAGUCAUACUGGAGAGCCGGGCAACUUUACUGGCCAGAUUGGUCACUUGGGCAACUUGCCCGGUAAGAUUGGUUAGUCAAUCAACUUGCCCAGUCAGACUGAUCCACCAGGAAAUUUUGAGCGGCCAAAUUCUGUUUUGUUACAAUUUUUUUCCAAUAGGCCAAAAUGAUGACAAAAAUUCAAAUUUUUUCAUGCUCCAUUUUCAGUACGGUUCCUGGACCUACUCUCGUCGGGAAGUGAACUUAUUCAUCGAGGACUCGCGGCUCUCCGAAGACAACAAAAUGGACCUCCAAUAUUUUGUACCGAAUGGGGCCUGGGAUCUGAUUGGGACCCCUGCAAUUCGGAAACCCUCCGAAUUCGACGGCGCGCUCUACGUAGAGCUGGUCUAUUACAUCUGGCUGCGGAGGAAGGUGCUUUAUUAUGGAAUAAACUGGAUUAUUCCCAGCGUUUUGUUCCUGUUAUGCACCAUUCUUGGGUUUUCAUUGCCAGCCGAGUCCGGGGAGAAAAUCACACUUCGUAAGUCGUUUUAUCAUCGAUUUUUCGACCAAAGGUAUCGACCAAAUUUCCUGUAGAAUCCCAAAAUCUUUUGUCGGUGAUUCUUUUCCUCGGCAUGGUGUCCGAAGUGACUCCGCCCACUUCGACGUCCGUCCCAAUUAUUGGGGCUUUUUUUGCCCUUCAAAUGGUCUUAUUGGGCUCAUCCGUUAUCAUCACCAUUCUGAUCAUCAAUGUGGCAUUCCGAUCGCCAAAAACACAUAAAAUGACGCCGACUUUGCGAUGCAUCUUUCUCGAGUGGAUCCCGUGGCUGUGCAUGAUGAGUCGGCCGGAUGUGAAGUUUAAUCGACCGGGGUGAGUGGAAGAAAAAUCAUAAGGGAAGUGGUCGAAAUGCGACGGUUAAAUUUUAAUGGACCGUGGCAUAGAUUGCAAUUUAAUUUUUCACGAGUUUUCCAAGGCAUAUGGGAGAUUUUUAGCUCGCGCUUUGAAGAAAAAAGCCGAUAUUUUUAGAUUGAAAAGUUGGCCAAAAUUCGUAUUUUUUUUUUAAAUUUUUGGCAUGUAAAAUUCACUUUGAUUUCUUCUAAAAAAUUUCAGCACUCAUUUAGAAAUUGCUAGUGAGACCUUAUACGAUGAAAAAUUUAGUAAUUUUUUCAUCGUAUAAGAUGUCAUGCCUUAUUUUUUCAUCUUUCAAUUACUUUUUUAAAUCGUAUAACAUGUCACCCCUUAUUUUGAACUUUUUUUAUUUUUUUAACGGGAUCUUCGGUUGGUUGGCCUUAUCUGUGAGGCGGGACUCUUAAAAAGGCGGGAUUUUUUGGGCUCAAUCGUUUCUGCAAAGCGCGAGCUAAGAGUCUAGAGUAAGUUUUGGAAAAAAAUAAUCGCAACUUGUGCCAAGUUUCAUAAUCAAUUUGAGUGUCGGACUUUGAACACCUCGUUUUUACAAAGAAAUUUCCAGCGGACCUCGCCGUUCCGCCAGCUCGACAUUAUCUAACACUUCAACCGCAAGCAGCAGUUCUUCGGAGUUUGGGAACAUCAAAAAACUCCUUUCCACUCAUCAAGCGGACUCUCAAGUCAAGGAAAAUCUAAUUGGCUCCUUAGCGAAUAUCCGGAGCAUCUUAGCACUUCCGUCGCAAGAAGAACAACCGCUACUCGACGAAAAUGACGACUCAGACGCUAAAAACGAAGAUUCAGAGCCGGAAGAGGAGAUUUCAACGGAAGAGUUGCUUUGCGAAACGAUAAAUGAGCUGCGAAACUAUCUGAAUGAGUCGAAAAUCCGCGCUGAAGAAGAGGAAGAGGAGGAGAUCGCCCAAGCCGAUUGGCGAUUCAUGGCCAUGGCUAUUGAUCGCGUUUGCAUGUUUGUUUACGCAUUUCUAUCCAUCGCGCUGCCCGUUGCAAUGUAUUGCAGUAUUCCGGUGAAAGAGGAAGCGGCGGAGGAGAUUGAGGCUAUGGAUUUUUGA